AUGAACACAAACUACAACUCCCAGCGAAUGCAGGUGAUAGAAGGAGCAGGCCAGCAAGGACAACCCAUUCAAGGCCAGGAUUUCCAACCGUCAUCGCAUCAUUCCAACUUUGGAGUGAACAACUCAUACUCGAGUCCAAUAACCGGAUAUAGUCCCUCUGCUCAUCCACCGUUUGCCGUUCCCCACAGAGCUGGGUCCUUCGACAUGUCUGCUCAGGGUGAGACGGACCCUGCCAACUAUGCUUCCACGGCAAGUAGACCAGUUGCGCAGACCCCCGCAAACAGGACGAGUUUGUUGACCACAAAACUCCAGAGCCAGAGACAAUCUCGGUUCAUGCCGCCGCAGCACAGCGAGAUGCAGCCGUACGACCAGCAGCUCCACCAUCACCAGCAGCCACAGCAGGCGGAACAGCCGUUCGGCCGGUCCUUUGGUAGCGAGCAGAUGGGUAGCUCAUUUAGCAAUUCAUUGAGACAAUCAAUGCCGUUCCAAAAUAGCAUUCCUAAUCAGAGCUUUGGCCAGCGGCGCGAUGAUCAAUCUGGGUCCAUGCUUACCUCCAGCCAGUUCGAAAGAAACCCAAGUCUGGCAUUCGUUCCUUUCCACAACACCCCAUCUGUGGUGAGUUCAUCAUACAGAUCUAAUGGAGGUCAAGUUGGACCGGAAAACAACUCGUUUCAGCAGAUGGACCCCUCGAGACAGAACUCCUAUACUGGACGCAACAUCGCAAUAGGUGGCUUCCAGAACCUGGGGUUCCAGCCCCAACCAACACCGGCCACCACGACAACAGAUCUCACAAAAGAUACUGCAUUCUCCACGAACUCCUCUUCAAGCACGUUAUACCAAGAUGCUCAGCAGGCUGUUCAGCCCCAAGGUCCACUUCCUCCGGGUCCUCUUCCCCAAGGUCCAGUCUCCCAAGGUCCUCCCCAAGGUCCUCCCCAGAUCCACCAUUCAGACUCCAGCCAUUCCUCAUUUAUGUCGGCAUCAGCCCCAGCACACAGCACGUUUUCGCACGUUUCGUUCGCUCAAUCUCAAGAGAAUGAGAGGCAGAAAAGACUGGCCAACCACCCCCAAAACUCAAACAACGCGUUCAGCAGCUCCGUUUCGCGUCCAGCGAACGACUCGUUCGCAGGUCUGACCCAGCGGGAUAGUAUUUCGGCUCUCACGAGGUCUGCUGCCGGUGACGAGCAUUUGAACAUUGCUGAACACCCUGUGCAAGAUCUGAUUGUUAUGUUGGCCGCGUUGUUGCAGAAAAUCGUCGAGGCAAACGAUUUACUCCAUCCUGAGCACUACAACCAUGAACAUGACCCCAAUCAGGGAAUUAAUUCCGCAAACAAAUACACUGCCAAUGUGCUUGCAUUCCAUGGAAGGAAUAUACCUGCAAUAAGCUUACAUGCCUAUCUGACCCGUAUACUGAAGUACUGUCCUGUUACCAACGAUGUGUUUCUAAGUUUGCUGGUGUACUUUGAUAGAAUCGCCAGGCGAGCCAACGCUGGGGAGUUUCAAUCGACGCUUGGACUGAGUGGCGGAUCUGACGACGACUCAAUGACCGACGACGAAAGGGCUUCUUUGAAAUCGCAGAAGAACCAGCUGUUUGUGAUGGACAGCUAUAACAUCCACAGACUCAUAAUAUCUGGUAUCACGGUGGCAUCCAAGUUCUUCAGUGAUGUAUUCUACAAGAACGCGAGGUACGCGAAGGUGGGUGGUUUGCCAUUGGAAGAGCUUAAUCAUUUGGAGUUGCAGUUUCUGUUACUGUUGGAUUUCAAGCUCAUGAUUCAGAUGGAGGAGAUGUACAAAUACGGAGACCUGCUGUUGAAAUUUUGGCAGCGAGAGCAAAUCAAAGCUCAGCAGCAACAACAACAACAGCAACAACAACAACAACAUCAGCAGCAGCAACAACAGUGA